CAGGGACGACGACAAAAAAUCAUCUUUGUCUGUUUCUACCAAUGUUAAUUCUAUCGCGCCAUAAUUCAUACAGGUUGUAGCCAGUGUGUUGGUGUCGUAUUAUAAUAAAAUACGGGGAUACCGCAUCUACAACUCAUAUAUCUCGCAUGGGUGCAAGAAUACCUCUACGUUUUUUCCUUUUCGUUUCUUCGGACACGAUGAAGAAUUCGCACGUUAAUAGAAUGAGAGUCGAGGCGUUCUAAUAGAUUCGCAACUGUGUCGGUCAGUAAUGAGUUUAGGCAUCAUAACAAGAACUAAAAGGGUGAUUAAGGGAUUUAAUGAACGCUUCGAUGACAUGAAUGGAAACAUGUCUUCAAAGCGGAAAUCCCCACCGACCAAACUCCAAGAGGGCGUGAACCAGUGCGGCGAGGGCGCCGCGGCGCCGCUCCCGCCGACGAUCGUGGGCAGCGGCAGCGACGGCGGCGGUCUGACCGACCUCGACGACACCAGCAGCAACAACCUGAGCGACAUCGGCGAAGAGGAGCCGAACACGAUAGUCAACAACACCGCCUCGUUCUAUAAGCUAUCCGAAUCGUCGUCGGCGAGCGUCUCGGGCAGCGAGGUCGACGACAAUCUGGAGGACGACAGGACGCCACCGCCGAAGACCGCCAGGAUAAUGUGCGAGACGUCGAACAACUUGAUACCGACGAGCAUCUCGGCGCUCUCGUUGCACGGCGAGGCCGAGAGGAGGAGGAACUCGUCGGAGUGUAGUUCGCCCACGUCGGACAUUAAGACUAGCGUGCAUUACAAUAACAAUAAUAGUAGUUUCACGAAUAACAAUAGUUCCUCGCAUCCGCUCAAACGGUCCAUGGACGAUGUGCUCAAGAGGCUCACGUCGAAGAUUAACAACAGCACGAUCAAGGAGGAGAGGCGGCCGACGCCGUCCUCGACGCCCAACUCUACGCAUAAUUCGGACAUGGAGUCGACGGUGGCCAUUCAGCAGGCGCUGUCCGGCGACAAUUUCAUGGAGAAGGACAGGAAAUUGUCCGAGCUGAUUAUGCAGCUGCAGAUGGUCAGGGAACAGCUACUUUCGCAGCAGCAGCAGCAGGAUUCGGCAAAGUCGACCCAACUGGCCACGGAAACUCAAAAACAGAUGGAACUGCAACGGCGACAGCAGGAGCAUCUUCUGCAGCAGCAACAGAAGCUGCAGGAACUUCAGGGACAACUCUCUGCCCAAUAUGCGGCCAGUGGAGCUGUCGGACCUCAGGGUCUGAUGUUCCUGCCGUUCCUGGAGCAACUGCGUGGCCUGCAGCCAGGAGGAAUACCGCCGAACGUGGCUAAAGCUGCGCUGACCAAUCAUAUGCUUCCACCCCAUCAAAUACCAAGCUGGAUCUCAACCUCGCACCUCGCCCAACUCUCGGCGUCAGCCGAAAAACGGUCGCCGCCACCCCAAAGAACCCCAUCGCCGCCUGCACCGCCAUCCGACCCCGACGCACCCCUUAACCUCUCCAAACCAAAAUCAAGUUCCGGUUCCGCCGGUUCCAGUCCCCAAACCACGCCGACUGGCUUCAACAACAGCCUGGAACAACCGAUGGCGGCCACAACACCCAAACUUCUACCUCCCAAUCUGGUGAUGCCGAGGGCUUUCAUGCCCUACGCGGGGUUGCCGCCUCAGUUUCCUCUGCCUCCCACGGGUGAUAGGAAUAAAAUGGGGAAGGAUGGGAUGAUGAAUCCUGACAAGCAACCACAUUUUCCGUUGCACGUGUACGGAUUACCUGGGGCACCUCAUCUUCCCGGCGCUCCCAGACCAAAGGACGAUGGCAUGAAGGAAGACGGUGAUUUUAUGGCGGCCUGCCACUUGUGGGGCCAGGAAAGCAACUUUAAAAUGGAUGAAAAUUCGGAAAAGGCCAAAAUAAUCAGACAACAACCAAAAAGAGAUACCGAAAGUAAGCCACACAUUAAACGUCCCAUGAACGCGUUCAUGGUGUGGGCAAAAGACGAACGACGGAAGAUUCUAAAGGCGUGUCCGGACAUGCACAACUCCAACAUAUCAAAAAUUUUGGGUGCGCGAUGGAAGGGCAUGUCCAACUCCGAGAAACAGCCAUAUUACGAGGAACAAUCGAGAUUGUCCAAGUUGCAUAUGGAAAAACACCCAGACUACAGGUAUCGACCACGACCAAAACGAACGUGUAUAGUGGACGGCAAGAAAAUGCGCAUCUCCGAAUACAAGAUGCUGAUGCGCCAACGACGACAGGAGAUGCGCCAGCUGUGGUGUCGGGACGGCAGCGAGAUGAACUUCAUGCCGAACCCGGAGGUCGGAUCGCCCGCCACCUCCACGUCCGGUAUCUCGUCGGUGUCGCCACCGCAAGGUAUGAUGAACGGUGCCGGCCCCAGUUCAGAAUCCGGAUUCUAUUAUCCGGACUGCAGUCCGUCGCCGGACAUGAACUUCCCGCAGGAACAUAUGGCGUACGAUUCGAGUCCGAGGCACAAUGACGACGACUGAAGAUGGGCUAAGAGGGAUCGGAAACUCCCUUGGUAUUAAUUAUUGUUGUGAGGUUUGGAGAUCCGGACCGGAUUAAUGAAGGGACGAGUUUGUGCCAUUGAAACAUGUAAAUGGAUAUGCCAAAAGACUUUUUAUUAAAACAAUUUUAAAAACAAAUUAGUCGGUGUUGUAUUUGUAUUGUUAUGUAGAUAUAUUGAUAACUAUUAAGAUCUUUGAACUAUUUAUUAUUUCUAGUUUUAAACUGUAUUUGUUUUUAUUUUUCUCUUUUUUUUCUAUUCACUUGACAUUGCAUUGCCAAUGCAGAGCUUUUAACUAUGUAGCUAGGAUGUUUCAGAAAUAUUAUAGAAUUCGUUGAACUGAUGCUUUAAACUUUGUAGAAUUGUAAAUUAAUUUUGCUUUAAGCUUUUCUUGAAUCAUCUACAAAAUAUACAAAAGCUCUGCUUGUUAUAGAAACGUCUCAUUGUUGUCAAGUUAUAGAAACUUUUUUACACAAAAAUUGUAAAUACUGCUGAUUAGUUUUGACGAAUUGUGUUUUAUUUUUUGAGAUGUUUUCUAUGUGGCUCGAAGAAAUGUUGUUUUUGUUAUAUUAAGUUUGAACUUUUUUGCGACAUGCAGCAAAAACAGUAUUUACUGGGACUGGUCUUCUAUUAUUUGAUGUCGCCACAAAAUAAAGUUAGCUUUAUUAGAAUAUAAAUCGAAAUGUGUAUUAUUGAAAAUAGUAUGGUACAAAUAUCUACUUGAAUAAUACGAAGGCUAGAUUUUUUUUUAAAUCAUCGUGCAAUGUACCUUAAUAAUCGUUUUUCUCAACUGUUGAUGUUUAUAUAUUUUAAUAUUAGAGCCAGUACUUUAAGUAAUUAUUAUUUAUUAGUAGUUUUUUAAAAAUAAUUGUACAGAAAAAUCGAUUUCUAUGCUAUGGUUUAGAUUUACAUAAAAAGUACUUAGUCAUAAAAUAUAUGAAUAUACCCCAUAUAAUCCACGUAGUACUGUAUUAGCGAUGGAAUAAAGAUAAAAAUGUAACAUUUCCUGUAAAAAAUUCAUAUUAUACAUUUUAGUACUUACACAGUCACCGAAAACUGUACUUACAUCUUUGUCGGUGCCUCUAUUCGUUUUAACCGAAAUUAAUUGCAUUUUUGGCUUUAUUCUAAUUAGCAGUAUAUCUGGUACAUUUAAGUCUCAAUGUCAUACAUCAGCUCACACAAACACGUGCCAUAAAAAUAUACAUCUGAAACGAUUUACUAAUUAUUAACUCUUAACUAUAUGUUCAAUGUCGAUAAAGUCAAGGGAAAGCUCAGAGAAAAGUCCAUUGUAGCAGAAAAUUACGAUUCACUACUGGUAACAAUGAAAUUGAAGCAAACCGAACGUUUUACACACAAUACCGGCAUUUGAAUAAUUAUCAACGAAACAGAAAAUUAUUUUCCAAUUAAUCGUUUUAAUUUUUUUACAAUGGGAAACACUAUCUAGCCUUAAUUAUUGUUAUGUUGCGGGUUGGUGCUGUUUACAGUUGCGUAAAUCGUUUCUAAGUAUAAAGUUUUUGAGGUAGUGUAAUGAAAUUUCAGAGCAUGUACUUAAAAUAAUCAUAAAAUGGAGUCAGAGUUGUGUAAAAAAGCAAAUUUAAAUGAAAAAAUGUGAUACCUGGGCUUAGGUAUAGUGUACAGUUUUUAGUUAUAUAACAUGUAUGGUGUGCACAAGAUUUAAAACAAAAAAUUGAUAUCGGGAAUGUGUAGUGCAUUUAAGUUAUUCCAUGAUGCAUUGUAGGGCUAGUGAAUGUUUGUAAUAAAAAUUUAAAAUUUUUGAAACCAUUCUCUUAUUACAGUUAAUAUGUGUAAGUCAGUUUAGCACGACAAGAUGACAUCUUAUAUUAGUUCAUAGGAUCAUUGUUCUUUCCUGUGCCAAAAUCAAAUGAAUAAAAUAUAUAAUAAUG